GCACGAACGUUAAAAUCGAAUAAAUAGUCGUCUGCAGGAAGACUGAAAGCAGACGUCACAAUACACGACGACGUCGUGGUAUCAUAACACUAGAGCGCGAGCAAGUGUCAAUUUUGAUUAUUGUCAUCGUUCAUCUGAGUAUCGAUAGUUCUGUCAAGAUCGUUUGGAAUUUCCACCGAUGAUCGGCAAAUCGCGUAUACGUAUUUCUGUGGGUGCCGUGAGGCGGCGAGAAAGGCCACCUCUUUAAAUUAAAAGAAGGAAUGACGCUGGAGAAUCCGUUCUUUGUCGUCAAGGACGAAGUUUGCAAGGCCUUAAAUAAAAACCGCGGUUUAUACGGGCGCUGGACGGAAUUACAAGAUGUUAUUGUCACGAGCUCUACCGUGAGUGGGGGAAUCCCAAUCUCACGUGACGAAUUGGAGUGGACUACUACCGAAUUACGAAAAGCCUUACGCUCAAUAGAAUGGGAUCUCGAUGAUCUAGAAGACACGAUCUGUAUUGUAGAAAAAAAUCCGACAAAGUUUAAGAUAGAUAACAAGGAAUUAACGGUUCAACGAAGUUUUAUCGAACAAACGCGAGAAGAAGUUAAGACUAUGAAGGAUAAAAUGAAUUUAAGUAGGGGUCGAGAUCGCGAUAAUACAGCCAGACAGCCACUCUUAGAUAACAGUCCUGCUCGAGUUCCUGUCAAUCAUGGUACAACAAAGUACAGUAAAUUGGAAAAUGAAAUUGAUAGUCCAAAUAGGCAAUUUUUGGGAGACACAUUACAACAACAAAAUGACAUGAUGAGGCAACAAGAUGAACAAUUAGACAUGAUAGGUGAAAGUAUUGGAACACUUAAAACAGUAUCCAGACAAAUUAAUACUGAAUUAGAUGAACAAGCAGUUAUGCUAGAUGAAUUCGGUAAUGAGCUAGAGGUGACUGAUUCUAAACUUGAUGCAACAAUGAAAAAAAUGGCCAAAGUUCUUCAUAUGAGUAAUGGUAAUUAUAAUAAUUACAUUCCUGCUCCUACUACUGCAACAUCUAGUGUUUCUGAUCUUGCCUCUAAACCUUCUUCUCUAUCAUCCUUAUCAAAUACAAUAACUAAUUGUUUCUUGUGUUCUGGAGAUUAAAUAGAUAUUUUUAUUAUAAUUUUACCAUAAUUAUUCAGUAAUAUUUAUAAACCAUGUAUUCUUUUUGCUUGAGCAUUUUCUUUUGUUCAAAUUUAUUUACGAUAUUUGGCUUUGUUACUGAUACCUAAUUUUUAUAUGAUACAAAAUUAAUAAUUUUAAACAUUUACUGAAAAAUUAUGGAAUUGUGUAAUGAAUUUAAUAAUUCAUUUUGUCUUUACAAUAACAUUGCAUAUUGUGAUUAUCCAUGAAUAAGUCAUUUCCUAUUCAUUCUCUUCAUUAAUUUAAGCUAAUUUUUAGCACUGUUGCACUUAUUUUUAAUGAUUUGUUUUUUCUAUUAAAUAUAUAUAGAAUUAUACUGCUAUAUGAUUAUUUAGAAUGAGAAAUUUAUUGGAGAGUAGAAGUCUCAUUAAAUUGAAGUUACUUUUAAAGCAAAAAAUUAAUAAAAUAAAUAGCAUAUAAUGAAAUAACCAUUUUAAUUUCUUUAGUCUUUUAUUAUUAUAUUAAGUAUUAAAUUGACAAAUUAUUCAUUAUUUAUCAAAUGAUUAAAGUUUUAGUAAAACGAUAAUAAUGAGUUAAAACAUGUUAUAAACAUGAAAUAAAAGUAAAAAUUGAUCCAUAUACUUAGUAGGAACUCCUACUUAAAUUAUAAAAGAUCUUUCUGUUAUUUUAUUCAUCAUUUUUAUUAUAAUAAUAUAAAAGGAAAAAUUGAAAAAUUUAUAUUUUAAUACUCAUCUUUCAAUAAUCUUCAUGCUUUUCUUUACACAAUAUAUUCAAACAUAAGAUCUUAUAAAUGUUAUGUUAACUUUUAUUCUUAUCAUAACAAAAAUAAUCAAAAACAAAGAUUAAUUUUUUAAUGUAAACAGUUGUUGAAAAUCUAUGUAUAUAAAAUAAUUAGUAUAUAAAUGUAUAGUUUUUAAAAAAGUUAUAUAUAUUUAAAUUUAGUAAAUGCUCUCUAAAAGUGUAGUAUUAAAAUGGACCAGUUGUAGUUUCAGAACGAUAGUUAAUUUUAAAACAAUACAGUUCAAGUAUUUAUUUACAUAGCACAAUAGGCACUAAAUGGUAGCAUGAAAUUCAAUAACAACAUCAGAAAAUUAAAGAAACAUGUAUCAAAGCAAAAGAUAGCACAAGUAAUUUGUGCCUGAGAAAAUUUUAAUGUCAUAAAUUUAUAGACAAAUAUAUAUAGUAUACAUAUAUACAUAUAUACUAUUAGAAAAACAUUUUCAAUAAAUUUGGAAACUUCUGAUACUUCUACUUCCAAUGUACACAACAUGUGAUAUUAAUAUAUUGAUUAAAGCGUAGACAAAAAUAGUUUAGCACCUGGUAGUGUGAAAUAUUCAUACGAUAUUGUGAAAGUACCAGUCAGUUUAUGUGUGUAAUGAAUGUAAAUGAAAAUAUAAAGUUUGAAAGAAAAGUGUUGAAGAGAAAGAAGAGAAAAAUGUGAAAACAAUUAUUUGUACGUAUGGUGAUUGUUGAUUGAUCGUUUCUCAAUGCGAAUGAGAUUGUUCAUAAGUACUAUAAAAUUUAGUGACUCCAGGUAAUCUGAAGCUCUCUCUCCAUUUUGAGAAAGUAAAACAUAAUAAAAUGAAUUGAAAAUUAGAAACUGACAUGUUUAUUCAUUGUUAGAAGAGUGUUGAUAGUAUAAUGUUGUGAAUUCAUACGUAAAAGAGAAAUUGUUUAUUCUAGUUGUAUUUAAAAAUUAAAAGAAAAGAUUAUACCUUAUUAUUUCACAUAAAUGACCAAUUGUGAAGACAUACUGAUAAAUAAAAUUUGAGACUUUA